AUGAUCCGCGGCGACUCGCUGGCUCGCGAACGUCCGGACGACCCCAUCGCUUCCAUACCACGAUCUGGAAGGGCCGCAGAUGGCUAUGAAGACAGUAGCUACUGGGAUCUAGCAAAUGGAGUCAACAAAACAUGUCGCUGGCUGAUGGCCAACGUCAAAAUACACAAAGGCAGUGUGCUUGCAUACAUGGGACCAACUGAUCUGCGAUACACACUGCUGCUCUUGGCAGCAUUGAAGCUUGAGGCGGCGAUGUUCUUCCCAUCACCACACAAUGCAGAGCUGGCCCAACGGGAGCUCCUGGCACUCACAAGGUCUUCAUGCUUCCUGUUCGCUCCUCCGUUCGAGGAGCAAGUCGCACCCCAUAUGCAGUAUCGGGAGGUCCCUUCGCUGCACGACCUUCUUUCGAAAGAGCAAGCAAGGCAUGUGGAAUACAGGCACAGCAUGGCGGACAAAAGACGAGAGCCAUUCGUGAUUCUACAUACAUCUGGCACGACUGGCACGCCCAAACCCUUGAUACUUCGUCAUGGUUACUACAUUCACGAGGAUCUAAAUCAAUGUGAGGUCUUCUCAGACAAUAUGACUAGCGUGCCGUUCAAGCCUGGAAGGCGAUUGCUAACACUCAUCCUGCUCAAACCAAUCCUCAAUGGCGUUGUGGCCGUCAGUCCUCCUGCAGGUCUGCCCAUCACAGCCUCUCUUAUCCAUUCUUGCAUGGCUCAUGCAUCUACACCUAUCGACAUCGCACAAGCGGCACCUUCACUACUGGCAGAGAUGGUCACCGAACAGUCGUAUCACUCAGACCUCGCCAGCUUGCGAUGCAUCAUCACAGGAAGUGGUCCAAUGCAGGAAGAUGUUGGGGAUCGCCCGCUACAGCUGAAUCCAAAUGUCUACAACUACUUUGGACUGACAGAGACGGAUCUCUUGCCACAGAAGCUGGUCGAACCGAAAGACUGGCAGUACCAGCACUUUCAUCCUUUCAGCGGGGUCACAUUCAAAUCGCUUAGUGACGGACUGUAUGAGCUCGUCAUCGCUAAAAUUGAUAUUGAAGGUGCACCUGCGCAGCCGUGUUUUGAGGUCUGCCCGCAAAGUGAUGUGUUCCACUCCAAAGAUGUCUUCGCUCCUCACGAAACGAAACCUGAUCUAUGGAGAUGGGUCUGCCGGCUGGACGAUUUCAUCACUUUUAGCACGGGAGAGAAGCUCGUCCCAACCAUCAUCGAAGAAGAGAUGCUACUGGUGCCACAUGUCAAAGGUGCCGUCGUGUUCGGUCAAGGCAGGCUGAGACCUUUUCUGGUCGUUGAGUGGGAUGGUCCUUCUAUUGAUCAUCAAGCAGUAAUUGAGGCAAUUUGGCCUCGGAUACAGAAGGCAAAUCAGCUUGCUCCAAUCUAUGGGCGAGUCGCGAAAGAUCUUGUCAUGAUCACAUCAAUUCCACUGCUCCGAACGCCGAAGAAGACCGUGCGACGACGUGCCACAGAAGAGCUUCUGGCAGCACAGCUCGAGGAUCUGUACCUGAGAGCUUCUUUUGUCGAGAUCAUUCCUGUUGCGGUUGUGUCCGAGACAACUGUCUUGGAUCUGGUGUGGCAUGCUCUGGAGAAAGUCGCUGGCGAUGUUUAUGCCACCGCUGGACGGCAUUACGAGCUGGACAUCUUCCAGCAAGGCCAUCUUGACUCGCUUAGGCUUGUACAAAUGGUUCAGAUCAUCAACGCAAGCCUGCGAGCUUCCCCGAUGGUUUCCAGCGAGGUCAAAAUCACGCCAGGUCUACUCUAUGCUGACAGGACUAUCAUCGCCAUCGCUCGUGCGAUAUACCGGCACGUCUUGGUAUCGAAGGGUUCGUCUUCUUGCGCUGUAAAAGCAGAUGGGCAAGCCGGGGUGCAUUCUAUGCUCAGAGAUUUAGUGAGCAAACAUACGAACAAUCUUCCUGCUUCCAACCCACUCUCGAGACCUCCACGCCAUGGCAUGCGCUGUGCACUAUUCGUAGGCUCUACCGGCUCGCUUGGUCCGCAUCUCUUGCACCAACUAAUCAAGCUCGACGACGUGGAACGUAUCGACUGCAUUGAUCGCUCCGAUCAUGCUCGUAGAGACUAUCUCCAGGCUUUUCCACUUGACCAGAAGCUGCUUGACGGCAAGACUCGCUUCCACGCUGCCAAAGACGCCGCCAGCCAUUCUAUGUUCGGACUUGACAGUCAGGUAUAUCAGAUUCUGCAUGCCAGCGUCACCACUAUUCUUUAUAACGCAUGGCCUGUCAACUUCCCGAUGCCACUGGAGACCCAUGGAGAUGCUACAGGGCGAGACUUUGAACACCACCUUCCUAAGCUAAAUUCGAUGAUCAGAUUCCUCCUCGGCACUACAACAUCCCCAGAUUGUCUUCUCCCGGAAGCUGUCAUUGGUGACCCCGAAGCUGCCGACGUUCAGGGGUAUGCUCAAAGCAAGUGGGUGGCGGAGCAGAUCCUGGAAACAGCAGCGCUGCAGAAGACCAUAUCACGAGCGGCGAUCAUCCGUCCGGGCCUGAUAGCAGGACCACUGCCAGACUCAGAGUCUGGCGUUACGAUCAGCUCGCCAGCCGGACGGUGGGAUGCAAAGCACCUUAUACCCGCCAUGAUCACGAGCUCGAUCACAAUGGGACUGAUACCCGACCAUCUUGGUGACAUCGAUAAGUCGCGAUGGACACCGGUCGAUCUUUGUGCUCAGAUUGUGGUCGAGCUCGUUGGGUCGUUGGGGACCAUGGCGCGGCCAAUCGAGGUUUUCAACGUCACCAAUACAAGCCAGCACUGUGGAAGCGAGCGUACGUGGUCACUUCAUGCGCUUCCGAUUGUUCAGCACGAUCUGGUAAGCCUAUCGCCCGAGCGAUCAGCACCGACGCCCGUUCCGAUGAAGCGAUGGCUCGAAGCUGUGAACGCCCAUGGUCCACUUCCGAACAAUCCAGCCUACAAGUUGACACAAUACUUCGAGGAUCUCAUCGACUCGAAUGCUGAGCAUGGUAUGAAUAGAGAAACUGACAUCACUAAUGCAAGGUCGGGAAGCCAUAUUAUGCGACACCUGCCUCCUGUACAAGACCUGUGGAUCCGGCACUGGCUGGAAGCUCUAAGUCUGGUCUGA